AUUUUUCUUUAUUUCUUUUGGCAAUUUUUCAGUCCAAACUUGCACUCAUCUUUUUAAGUCACUCUUACCUCUACUAUUCACUGUAAAAUAUAUUUUCUAUCCAACUAAUCUCAUUUACAACACUGUUUCCAUACAAUGUCCCCACAAAUGUGUUUUUUUUUUUUUUUUUUUUGGUUAUAAAUUGUUGGUCUUUACAUGUCUCAGACUUCAAUUAAGCUUUACUCUGAAAUGGGCUUUCUCAAGCUUCCAUUGCUUGUUUUACUUUUCUCGGUUUUUUCUCUUUUGAGUUUCCUAGCACUCUGUGAUGACUCAGAGCUCACUGUGAAGUUCUUGAAGACUCCCCAUGCAUUCUCAAAUCUCAACUCAACCGUAUUCGUCUUUGAAGUUCUUUUGGGUGGGAGUUGCGCUUGCACCAACUGUAACAUCACUUGCAAGUUGGAUGAUGGCUUUGGCCGCAUUAAUGCUUCUCAAUGUGAAAAUGGGACGGUUUUGUGUGAAGGCUUGCAGGAUGGAAAUCAUAAAUUUGAGGUUUGCCCCAACGGGACUCAAGGAGUUGGCUGCAGUAGCUAUAACUGGACUGUUGAUACUGUCCCGCCAACGGCAUAUAUCUCAGCCUCAACACCUUUCACAAAUGCUCUGAAUGCCCUUAUAAAUAUAUCUUUCAGUGAACCCUGUACUGGUGGAGGUUUUGUAUGUUCGUCUGUGAAAUGCAAUCUUUUGGUCGAUGGUGCUGGCCAAGUUAUGCCAAACUCGCUCAAAACUCUACAGCCAAACCUCCAAUAUUCUAUCCUUGUGGGUUUAUCAUCCACUGCUCAGUCUGGGCGAGUGAUUUUGGUAAUGGAUAAGAAUUUUUGUACUGACAGUGCAGGGAACAAAUUUGAAAGAAACAAGAAUUCUAAUUUCACUCUGCAUUUCGAUAGACGAAGUAUCAACUUUACUACUCACGUUCCCGAAAGGCAACUUCAACUUCAUGGUGAAACUAGACUGAUACGAGCAACUAAUAACUGUACUAAACUAAAGAUCUGUUUAACCUUUCCAGAGCCUAUUCUCAACACAUCUGAAGAAAUUAAAAAUUCUCUCAAAGCAGAAAUUUUAUAUUCUCUCCAAAUGAGUCAGGGCUCACUUCUUCCUCUGGAUGACACUAAAAAAUAUGAAGGGCCUAGCAGAUUUGAAUUUAAGGUUGCUGGAUGUAUAUCUGACGCGGCUGUAGUCACGGUAAGCGUGGAUUCAAACUCUAUAAUAAGCAGAUACAGGACUCCAGUUUCCCCAGUUGAACCAAUUACUUUCCUAUAUGAUUCUCUGAGGCCUAAUGUAACGUUGAUUACACUACCUUCCGAAUCUCCGAGGCCUUCUGUAAUGCUGAGUACACCAUCCCAUAUUUGGACAAGAGAACACAACAUCACUAUGUUGAUCAAAUUCGGGAAGCCUGUAUUUGGCUUCAACUCUUCUAAAAUAUCAAUCAAAGGAGGGCAUUUACAGAGCUUUCAAGAAUAUAGUAAAGGCAUAUAUACUGUAGUGAUAAAAGCAGACCAAGAUAUUGUAUCUGUCAAUGUUCCCGAAAACGUAACUGGGGAUGUUACUGGAAACAAAAAUCUGCCUUCCAAUGUUCUACAAGUAAGGCACUAUUCUGUGCCGAAAAUAACUCGUGUGAUUCUUGGGCUUGUAACUACAUCAAUUGUGGUGACAUUUAUUCCUGCUGGGCUCAUUACGGUUUCAAUAGCAAGCAUUGACUCCAUUGGGGAAUUUUCGAGUCCAUUUUCUUCUUUAUCUCGUCCUGAGAGUAAUCUUUUUAGAAUUGUAUGCCAUCUUCAGGUCUUUGCACUAUCUAGAUGGUUGGCAGUGAGACUGCCAGUGGAGUAUUAUGAAUUUGCAAGGGGUUUACAAUGGAGCAUUCCCUACUUUAGUCUUCCGUGGGAAUCUGGGCACAUUCCCUACACUGUCAAGACAAACUCGAGUCUCCCUGACAACACACAUUCCUACAUGUCUAAAAUUCCUUAUUCAGGAAUCUUUCCGGGUGAGCAGAUGAAACCAAAGAGUUUUAAUAGGGCCGUGUUACCGCUGGCUGCAAUGGGAUAUGAUUUAUUCAUUGAGAGACUAGACGCUGAAUAUGCUUUUAAUCCACAUAUUCUAAAUGGGUGGAGGGAUUUUUAUAGAAGCACGUUCUGGUUAGCUAUAAUUGGUGUACUCACAUUCCCAAGAUUUGAAAUAUUCCUUGUAAAUCUUGGGCUACCUUGUAUUUGUGAGGCCUCUGCCUCUCUAAUUAGAGGAGGAACGGCAUUGGGGAUUGUUGUUGGCGGUCUGCUUCUGGGUGCUGUGUCUUUUCUACUCCUGGCCUUGCUCUUGUUCCUCUCUAGAGGUAUUACAUUUGAAAAGCUACUUCAAUACAAGGAAGUUCAUCAAGAGGGCCGGGGUUUUCACUGGUAUCAAGAAAUAGUCCGAGUAUUUUUGGUUUCUGGUAGGAGAGGCCAGUGGACAUGGAAAAACCAGCAGAAUUCUAAUUAUUUAACCAUCUUAGGGCCUCUAUUUGAAGAUUUUAGAGGCCCUCAAAUAUCCAAUCUCUCACAAAUUUCUGGGGGCAGAUCCCAUGCACAAGGUGCAGAUCACGAAACUGAAGAUGAAGCACCUUUUAUCCAAAAGCUGUGUGGAAAACUCAGAAUAUACUACACAUUGCUUGAGUCCGUGAGACGUGUUUUGCUAGGGGUUAUGGCUGGUGCCUCUAUGGAGAACUCGUCUCCUCAGAUUCCCUCCAUAAUCUUCUUAUGCAUCACUUGUUUUCAGCUCUUCUUCCUUGUUCUCGAGAAGCCAUUUAUUAAGAAAAACAUUCAGCGGAUUGAGUUCAUGUCAAUUUUCAGUGAAGCAUGUAUAUCUGUUAUUUAUUUUGUUCUCUCAGAGACAAAAGAAUUGAAAGCCAAGAAAGCGACUAUAGUUGGAUGGCUCAUGAUUGCAGUUUUCCUAGUGGGAUUUUUACCACGGAUAAUAUAUGAAUUGUGUGCUUUGUAUAAACAGAUAAAGCUGCUGGACACUGCUGAGAACCGUUUCCUAACCGGUUUGAAGAUAGUUUCAUUUGGAUUAGCUCUGCUUUUCAUCUCAGAGGAGUUUUUAUUAAGCAGAUGGUUCCCCCAUUUAAAGGAUAAUAUUGCAGGCUCCAAUUCUCAACCAACCUCUGUUGCAGAAAAAGAUACAGUUACUCCACGUUUAACUGACAAUAUUGUAGACUCCAACUCUCAACCAACCUCUGUUGUAGAAAAAGAUACGGCUACCUCUACCUCUGAUCAAAUCAAAUCCCUACGUCAGGAUUGAACUCAAAUUCAUAUCGUGGAUAAAGAUAACUUCAGAUUAUGUAAAUCUCUUGUUAUACUGGGCUUUUAUCAACUGAUUGUAUAUACAUAAGUUAAUGGGGAUGAAGAGACUAGUCCUUCAGCUGAAAGUAACAUAGGAACUCUGGGAGUAGGAACAAUAACAAGAACUCUUGAAGUAGGAACUCGGGAACAAUGGUUCCAGAAAAAUCAUGGUUACACCAACACCACUCUUUGAUUUCUUAGGUGUUAUCUUUAGUUGCUUAGUUGUUAUUUGUUAGGAGGAUAGACUUGUACCCUUUUAUCCUUGGCAUUGUUUUAGCUUAUCAUUUAUUUUAGUUCAACUCAACUUUAUCUCAUUGUUGAGUUAGGUUUUCAAGCAUGUAAAGCAUCUGUAAAAACCUAUGAACAAUAAUAAUAGAUUAUUAUCAGAAUGUUUAUGAGAAAAAUCAAGCUUAUGAAAUUUCUUUGACGUUUACUUGCCAUCCAUAUUUCUCUCUUUUGUCACCAUAGCCC